UCAAUAUCUGUGAAGUGGGAGCUGUAUAAAGCAUGCAACAUAGUCCAUAAUCCCCCGUCAACUAUUUUGGCAAAAGUUUUGAUUCACUGCCCUCAUCCCUACUAUACACACGUUUCCACGGUGUGGUUGACAUAUUUCUUGAGUACAGGAUGGCCCAAACUCGGAAGAGAGGAGUCAAGACAAGCGGAAAAGCCACCGCAACCAAGAAGCAGAAAACAACAAAGGGUGCCAAGGCCACACAGCCUCAGAUUCCAAUUGACGAAGGCUUCGAGGAAGCCGGCGACGUUCGUGUUUACAUUGACGAUGACGGAACCGCUUGGGACGCCUCCUUGAACCUGAGCAAUGUUUCGGGUAACAAUAACAAAUUCUAUAUGCUACAACUGCUUGUAGACGACAAGAAUGAUACCUACUAUACCCAUGCGCGAUGGGGAAGGGUAGGCGAAACCGGUCAAGUCAAGACAGUGGAUUUCUCAGACUUGGAUGAAGCCGAAACAGAGUAUGAGAAACGCUUCAAAAGCAAGACCGGUCUUGCCUGGGAGGAUCGCAUGAAUGAACCUAAAGCAAGCAAGUACACUUUUGUCGAAAGGGCCUACGACGAUGACGGGGUUGACGGGGACAAUGCGGCCGCUUCGGACGGCGAUGCCAAGCGGACCAAGAGCGAGCUCGACAUGCCCACACAGAGGCUCAUGGAGCUCAUAUUCAACGAAAACCACUUCAAUUCUGUUCUCGAAGAAAUCGGCUACAAUGCCGAUAAGCUGCCCUUGGGCAAGCUUGGCAAGGCCACCCUCAAAAAGGGGUUCGAGGAGCUCAAAGAACUUGCCAGCCUGAUCAAACACCCGAGCCUUGCCCGGAACAAGUACAGCAGAGACCGCGACGAGGUAAUCGAGGAAUGGACUAACAAGUACUACUCGACCAUUCCUCAUGCUUUUGGGCGGACCCGUCCACCUAUGAUCGACAACGAUAAUAUUCUGCGCAAGGAGGUUGCUAUGCUCGACACGCUCACAGAUAUGGAGGUGGCCAACACCAUCAUGCGGGCCAACGAUAAAGCGAAGGACGGUGCCUCCGUUAAUCUGCUGGACUCGCGGUUCAAGGAGUUAGGAUUGAAGGAAUUCGCUGCUCUGGACCACAAGUCGAAGGAGUACAAGCAGCUCUCAGACUACCUCGUUAACUCGAGUGCCGCUGGCCAUGGCUUGAGAUACAGACUGCAGGAUAUAUUCCGUAUCGAGCGACCUGGCGAGCACGACAGGUUCGAGAAGAGCACCAAAAUCCUGAAGGAUUCCAACCGCCUGCUUCUCUGGCAUGGAUCACGAACCACUAACUUUGGUGGCAUUCUCUCGCAAGGGCUGCGCAUUGCGCCGCCCGAGGCGCCCGCUAAUGGUUAUGCCUUUGGUAAGGGUGUCUACCUUGCCGAUCUCUCGUCCAAAUCUGCCAACUAUUGUACGGCUUCCCUGAGCGGCGGUGUUGGGCUCUUGCUGCUCGUCGAGGCGGAGUUGAGCAACCCCAUGUAUGAGAUCGACUCUGGAAGCUUUGAUGCGGCGGAACAGGCCGAGAAGCACAACUGCAUUGCUACCAAGGGCGUGGGCAAGCUUGGUUACUCGAAAUGGAAGGAUGCUAGCUGCGUGAACUCUGCACUGAAGGGAGUUAGAAUGCCUGAUGGGAAACCUGAGGAUAAUCCCAACCAUAAGGGAGGUUAUCUACAGUAUAAUGAGUACAUAUCGUACAAUGUACAGCAUUUGAAGUUGAGGUACUUGUUCAAGGUUGCCAUGUAAUCGAACCAAUAUAGUCUCGAUAGUCACGUACGUUACACCUUGACGCAGGCUUAUAAUAAGAGGUUCCUCUAACUGUUGUCCA